CGCGUUUGGGAUGAGAGCGGGAUCUUCUCGGCGAUUGCCUUGUCCCUUGACCGUUUUCAUAGCCUGUUUUUCUUAGUGGCAAUCGGAGUGGGAGCAGCCCUGUUGGGAGGAACAGCUAUGGAGGAACAGAGGCUUGUGGUACCCAAAGAAGAAGAGGGAACUGAGAGAGGGGAAGGAGAGCCUCUCGUCGUCCAAGUGAGGACCGUUGAGGACUUUCUGGCCGGGGACGGCCCGUCCCACAUUAAGUCGGAGGAGGAAUCGCACCAACACUGGGACUCUCAGUGGCAGGAGUUCCUGAAAAGGGUGGCAGGGCGUCCCGCACCACCACCUCCCUUGGAGGAAGAUGCCAAGGACUUCCAGGACCCCUUGGGGAGAGUCAAGGAAGGUCCCCAGGAGGAGAGUUCCGGAGGGGCCAGAGGGGAGGCUGUGCUCCAAGGAGAUCCGAACGUCGGUGGGAAAGCCUGGCUGGGCAGGGAAGAGCUGGAUUCCUGCGUGAUAGUGAAGGUGGAAGAGGAGGAGGUUGAUCUGGAAACACAGUGGCCCCUGCACCUCAGGCAGCUCACCGCCCAGGAUGCCUAUGAGCACCAGGAGAUGUCUUCAAAGAGAAAGAACCCCAGUUCAGCCGAAGGAAGUAGCAAGAAGCAAAGGAAAGCCAUCGAUCUCGAUUUGAAGAUGAAGAUCAUCAAAGCAUACGAGGCCGGGAAGAAGGUGACUAAAAUAGCACGAGAAGAAGGCCUGGCCCAUUCCACCAUCUCCACUAUCUUGAAGGAUAAGGCAAGAAUCAGAGAGGCGAUGAAAGGAUCAGCAGGAAUCAAUGCAAGUAUAACAAGGCAGCGAAAAGGCCUCAUCUACGAAAUGGAAAAACUCCUAAUACUUUGGAUCGAAGAUCAGAUACAGAAGAGGAUGCCGGUCAGCCUUCUUCUCAUCCAGGCUAAGGCACGCAGCAUUUUCACGAUGCUGAAGGAACGAGCAGGUGAGGAGUGCACCGAAACGUUUACUGCCAGCCGUGGCUGGUUUAUGCGGUUUCAGCAACGAUUCCAUUACCAGAAAACACACACGUCCGGGGAAGCUAAAAGUGCUGACGAGGCAGUUACCAAACGUUUUCUGGACGAACUUGAUGAUACCAUAGCAGAAGGGAACUAUUUGCCCGAACACAUAUUCAAUGUGGAGGAAACUGGGUUGUACUGGAAAAGAAUGCCGGAGCAGACCUACAUACACAAAGAGGCCCAAGCAACGCCUGGACGUAAAGCGUUGAAGGAUAGAGUAAGCUUACUAUUGGGCGGAAAUGUCGCCGGAUUGAAGCUGAAGCCAUUUCUGAUCCACAAAUCAGAUCACCCCUCUGUGCUCCAAAACAUAAGCAAGGACACCCUGCCCGUUUAUUACCGAUCCAAUUGGAAGGCCUGGAUGACACUAGUCCUGUUCGAGGAUUGGUUUACGAAUUGCUUCAUUCCCCAAGUAAUGGAAUAUUGCUGGGAAAAGGGAAUUCCUUUUAAAAUUCUGCUGCUCCUGGACAACGCACCGGGACAUCCCCCACAUCUCGACAGCCUCCACCCCGAUGUGAAGGUUGUUUAUCUACCCAAAAACAGCAGCCCUCUCCUACAGCCGAUGGACCAGGGGGCCAUCUCGGCAUUCAAGGCGUACUAUUUGCAUGCAACGUUUGCCAAAGCCGUAGCCGCAACGCAGGAUGAUGGGGUAACGUUGCGCGAGUUUUGGGAAGGCUACAAUAUCCUCCAUUGUAUUGAAAACAUCGCCGCAGCGUGGCAGGAGGUUAGUGUGAAAUGCAUGCAAGGGAUUUGGACCAAGUGUUUAAAACGUUUUGCUGCUCGUGUAAAUAAUUUUGAAGGAUUGGACCAAAAUGAACAUUUGGAUGAAAUAAAUACGAAAAUUCUGACACUCACGAAAUCCCUCGAUUUGGAGGUUGAUGCUGAAGAUGUGAAAAAUUUGAUAGCCUACACUGAGGGAGAGCUUUCAAAUGAAGAUUUAAUUGAACUGAAAGAAGAAUUGGAAGCACAGAUGGUUGAGGAAGAAGAAGAAGAAAAAGAGAAAGAAAAAGAAAAAGAGAAAGAAAAAAUAGUAGAAAAGCAACUUGUAGAAGUUGAGCCCAAAACAUUCAGUGUGAAAAGAUUGGCUGGUGUUUUUGCGGGUGUUAACAAAAUUUUAUCAGAAUUAGAAAGUAUGGAUCCAAAUGUAGAACGUUUUAGAAAGGUACAUUGGGAAAUGCGUGAAAUCUUGAAGUGUUACCGUGAAAUAUAUGAAGGAAAAAAGAAAAAAAUCAUGGAAACCAAGCAGAGUGGGUUCUAUAAGAAAGUUACUCCUUCCCCAGCUCCGCUUCCCCCCCUAUUGCCCUCCCCAUCCACAGGAGUAGAACUCCCCGACGAUCCCCAGCCAUCAACCAGCUAUGCCAGCGUAUCCGACGUUUCUGAAAACACAGAAAAAAAUGAACCUUUCGAUGGAUUUAUAUCCAAUUUGAUGUUUACAGGGACCCCAAACCCUGAAGAAUACAAUGCUAAAAUCUCCCAAAUUGGAGGAAGAGGCCUUGGAUAUUGUGAAGAUGCAACUUCCCCUGGAGAUAAAGCAAAAAAAUGAUGGGGAGGCCCUCUCACUAGAAUAUGACGGAUAUGGGCCAACCCAUAAGGAGAAGACCUUCCAGGUGG